AUGGACACCAGGAACGCCACCCAGGGCGAAGCACCCGAAGUUCUGCCUGAGCCCAACCAUCCCAGUCAGACCGAGCAACCCGAGCAGCCCGAACCAACAACCAUUCGUGUCCAUGCUCCGCCUCGAAUGGGUCGAUUUUCAAUCCCGCAAGCGGGGGAUCACAAACCACAACCCGCUGGCGACAAGGGAAAGGCCAGAGGGAAGCCUCAGCCCAAGCCCACCACUACUCGUGUCCAUGCUCCGCCUCGAAUGGGUCGAUUUUCAAUCCCGCAAGCGGGGGAUCACAAACCACAACCCGCUGGCGACAAGGGAAAGGCCAGAGGGAAGCCUCAGCCCAAGCCCACCACUACUCGUGUCCAUGCUCCGCCUCGAAUGGGUAGAUUCUCAGCCCCACAGGCAGAAGAACAGGGACCACAAGCCACGCGUGUUGACAAGGAGGCUAGGAGGAUGCCUCGGCCCAAACCAAUGAAUUCUCGCAUACCCAUUCGUCCUCGGCUUGGUCCGUUCUCCGCACCGCGGUUGACACAAACAGAAGUUCAAGCAAGGACUAACCAGGACGCAACUAGAAGGAAGCCUCAGCCCUUUCCAGGGCCGGAUGUCCUCGACAGUCCGACAAAAGGCACCAACAUUACAACCGUGGAUAUACCGUCAUCAGAUGCAGAGGCUGAUCGCGAUAGGAGCCCAACUCGACAGGAAAGGGAACGCCAUAAUCGUCGAAGAACGGCAAAGUCGGCCCCGGCUCCCGCUGAUGUAGAGUCCAUGACAAGAGCCGCUCAAACUCCUCAAAUAGCAUCAUCCCCAUCCGUCUCAGAAGCUUCGAUGAACCCCAUCGAAGAGAGUCCAAGUAUACGUCUGCAAAGACGAAGAAGGGACAAACCGCGAGAAGAAUGGAUCGCGAUGUCAGCGGCAGCACCAAGGGCAGACUUCGCCCCCGAAAGUUCUGCACCUGAAACACUAUCCGGCGCGUGGGGAAUGAUGGGCACUUCCACAGGGGGGUCGGUCCCAACACUCAGCUUACUUUCUUCGGAUGCCGAAAUCGACAUCCAUGGGGGUCCCAAUCAAAGGCAACGACAGGAAAAGGGCGACGGUCGUCGAAGUCGAGACAUGGAAGAGUCAGCCCUCUCUCCCAGGCCCGACACUGGCCCUAUUUCAACAUCCUCCGAAAUGUCGAAACGUAUAGAUGGGUCCAAAAGUACAACUCGCAAAGGUUGUUCGAGAGCCUAA